CUAUAUUCAUAUUUCAUUCAGUAACAUGACGAUCGUUAAACGGAGUGGACGCGUCGGUUGAGCGCAGCUGUGAGAGAAAGUUUCGCCGAUUGUUCUAAAUAACGAUCUAACAAUUUUCACUUAGUAUACGAGCUACUACAAUUUAUUAUAUUAGAAAGUUGUAAAGUGCAAAAAUGGAUUUGAAACCAAAGGAGUUUGUGGAUCAACUCCUAAGCAAGGAGGCACACGAGGAGCCCUCGGACAGAGUCAAACCCGAUGAGCUGGUUAUGGAACUGCCCGAAUGGUACGACGAGAAGAAAUUUAACAGGGCGCGUAAGUUCUACGAUGAGAACUCCUUCACGCUGACCUCGUCGAUGCUGAUGGGGCUGGUGGCGGUGUUCGCGAUCCCGUCCAUCCUGCGAGUGCUGGUGGGCACGCGCCGGUCCAACUCCGUGUUCACUGCCUACCGUCGGUACCUGUCUACCUUACUGCACACCGUAACCUGGUUCGAGCAUGAGUUGAAGCCUGGUACCACAUCAUGGAAAUCCCUCUACACCGUUCGGAGCAGGCAUGCACGAGCCACGUUAGCAUCUAAGGCUAAGGGAAUCGGCAUCGUCUCACAAAGAGAUGUGGCUUUAACGCAGUUUGGCUUCGUAGGCUUUUCGAUGCUGCGCCCAGAUUUAUUCGCCGUCAGACAACUUGAGGAAGGAGAUUGGGACGCCUACAACCACUUCUGGCGAGUUAUCGGACAUAUGAUCGGACUUCAAGACAGGUACAACAUAUGCCGUAGUACCAUAGAGGAGACACGGGAAGUUCUCGAAUUGCUUUUAGAAAGAGUGUUCACGCCUUGUCUGGAGAAUGUUCCAGAAUAUUUCGAGCAUAUGGCACGAGUUAUGCUUGACGGCAUGUGGUCCGUUAACCCCACAGUUGAUAUAGAAGCUAACAUCUACUGGUGCAGAUAUCUAGCCAGAGUUCCAGGGUACAUUUACAAUGAAAGAGACAGGAUAGAACUUCAGACAAGAUUGAAGAAACAUUUAAAUGGAAAGCCGCUGACUACUGGUGUCGAUUCGUCCGAGUUAUUAUCAAAACCAGCUCUCGAUGGCCUUCCUAGCACGCCGCCGAGAUUGUUAUACUACAACGACUACAACACUAUAGAAACAGCGCCCGCGUACAAACGCUUGUCUUUGAAAUCGAGGUACAAAUUAGUACUCUUCAAUUUGUAUCUCAACCUGUACUCUUCGUAUCUCGGCCGGCUUUACUUCAACUGGCAUUUUAAAUUUAGUAUCUACCUCAUGAGAUACUUCCCUUACGUGGCCUUCUUUAGGUUUGGAGUAAAGGCUUCCUUGGUCAAUAUAUUUGCUGAAGACCCCGCUGAUGAUACCAAGCCGUUGGUUAAUGCAGAGUAUUAUAAACCGCAGGAACCUAUGCCGUGGUAUAAAGAAUGGUUGAGUAUAAUUUGGUAAUAUAUAGACAAAAAUACUUUACUAAUUCAUACCUAAAUGAAAUCAGUGUUACUUUUGUACAUUUUUUUGUACAUUGAGUAGGAAAAUGAACUUAAUGGUAUUAUAACAAUAAACAAUUGUAUUUAUAUGUAAAGUCAACCACCAAAAUAGCUGAUAUACUUACUUGAUACAAAGUUUCAAUUCAAUAAUCGUUUAUUCUUUAAAAUGUUCUUUAAUAAAAUUAACUUCAAACGGUUGACUUUAUUUUAAAUAUAAAAAAUAUAUAAAUGUCGGUUUAGGUUAAUCUUUAAAAUUGUUCAGCAACUUUUGUAAUUGACUGAAAUUUCAAAAUUGUAUAUUGUAUAUUAAGUAUGUAUAAAAUUCCAGUGCUAAUUUUUAUUUUCUGUUGGACGACAAAGUAAGUAUAGAAAGUUAGAGUGCCUAAUUAUAACCAAAGCAAAAUGUACAUUUUGCAGGAAUUUACGUGUAUUUGAUAAUAGUAGGUAACAUUUUGUUAAAACUUUAGCUGUAAGUGAUGUUUUUACGAAAAAACGUGACAUUCUGUAAAAAAGGAAUAAAAUACAAUGUUUUUGUAUAGAACUACUAACGUUUAUUGUUUUCGAUAAACAAAAAAAUUUAAAAAAUCGUGACUCGAUUGCCACCGAGGCGAAGUUAUAUUGCGAGUUGAGAUACGACUGCAGAGCUGUGGGUUCGACCCCAGUCGGUAAAUUAAUUUAGUUUGUCUGUAAAGUGUCAGCUUGGGGCCUGGAAUUGUGCCCGAUAAGCUUAGGACUUAUCAAAGCUGGUGAUAUUCGGAUUUAACACCUCUCAGCCUGUUGUAAUGUUCUUUGUCUCAGCCUGUCCAUGUAAAGGAAAAGCGCUAGAGUAGGUAUAUGUAAAUAUAUAUUGUCACUCUUGGCAGACAUCCGAAACAUUUUGACGUCUCCAUUAUUCUCGUUCAGGCUUAAAAUAUUCAAAAUACUUAAGUUUAUCGCUAUAACUAAAUUACAGCCAUGAUGCGUUGUAAUAUUUAUGUAAAACAUUGAACAUUGUUAUUAUCCUGCGAGCGAAAAUAUCAAAAUCUAGAACUUUCUGUGCUAAAUAAUUACCAUAUAGAAAUAAUCGCACCCAUUAGUAUUAUGACAAGUAUCUAUUAAAGUAAUCAUCUUUACUGUAUAAUUAUCUUUCAAUAUUUUAAGAAGGAUUUACAUGAAAUGAAAAUGGAACAAUUUAUAUUUACCUAUCUGAAGCUACUUAACCCGUUCUGAAAUUCGUGCACUAAAACUUUAUCUGCAUAAUUCUGAUUAAUAUAUCAUAAAUCAUGAUUGUACCAAAUAAUUAAUGUAUUUAAGUAAAACGAAAACAUCUCUGAUAACACAGACACAUACCUCAUAGUCAUUAAAUAAUAAUAAUAUGUAUCAGUAAUCAUUAUUUACUACUUAAUACUUUAAGCAAUUACAUAAAAUAAUUUGGUAUUAUGCACGAUGACGAUAUUUAGUCAGUUCAUAUCAAGGAUAUUGAUCAGAUGUUUUGGCGCGAGAGAAAAACAGGAGAGUUGAGGCAACAGGUGUAUAGAUGUCUACUCUAGAGUGCCUUGUCCAUUAUCAAUGUAUAUAAUAUGCAGGGUUAAUUUUGAAAAUCCAAAAUUAUGAGGAAUAGGGAGAAAUAAAAAAAAUAUAUUGAUACAAAUAGAACUAAUUAACGAAACGUUGAAUAAAUCAUUCGCGUUAAUUUUAAUCAUUUCACGUUUUAUUUAAAUUUGAACAUGGUUUUCUUUUACUAUCGCUCAGGGACACUACUAUAGAAUUUCAUAAUCCAGUAUCGUAAUACCCUGCAUUUCGAUGUAUAAAAUUAAAUUUAUUGCUUAUUUUAGAUUAUAGGCUCAGUUCCUCUGGAAAUAUUGAUAAAAAUCCAAUGAUAGUUUUACUUUUCAUUAAAUUCUGACUGAGAUAUAUUGUUCGGUAUUCCACUGCGCUCGCCAUCCUGAGACGUGAGAUGUUAAGUCUUAAAAUGUUAAGUCUCAUAUGUGAGAGUCCGCCUGGGUAGGUACCACCGCAAUGUCUAUUUCUGCCGCUAAGCAGCAGUGUGUAGUCACUGUUGUGUUCUGAUUUGAAGGACGUUGUAGCCAGUGUAACUACUGGACACAGUAAGACUUAACACCUCACGUCUUAGGAUUUCGAGCGCAGAAGAAUACCUACCAAACGUUACUUUGUAAUUCAAGGUGUUGGAUAGUGUUUCUUCUGCUUAUGGGCGGUUGUACGCUUACCAUCCAGCGAACGGUAAGCUCGUCUUGUAAUAUAAAGAAAUAAUAAUAAACAAAAAAUGAAGUCUUGUGGAUUUUCAUAUAGACAACUAUAAAUAUAGAAUUUUCGAAUAAUUUUGAAAAAGUUCCAUCCCAUUUUCAUUUCGCGCGGAUUAUACACGACAUAAAAAUAUUGGACGGCUUUGCUAUGUUGCGUAGUUUUAGGUACUACUUACUUACAGGCUUUUACGGAUACAGGUACUGAACCACGGCGGCAAAAACUGUCUAAUGAAAACAAAUUCUAUUGAGGAUGAACGAAAGCAUGACUUAUUAUUUCUCAAUAAAAUGUUGAUUGGGAUGUUCUUCUGCUCGUGGUUAUAAAAUUCUAAUUUAUUUUAAUGUUAUUGUUAUUCUGAAGGCGUAACGGUUUAGACUACUUAUAAUACUGCAUUAAGACCAAACCUAUAAGUUUUACACGAUAAUGAGGAUUAUUUUACUAGAAAACAAUUAAAUGGUUUUCCAUUAUUA